CAACACCACAAAUCCAAUAACCAAAUCUCACGCACAACCCAAGCAAGGCAAAAAUGUCUCAAUUCCAACUCGUCGCCGUACUUGCAACUGCUGCCUGCCUCAUGUGCAGCCUGGCUGUGGCACAGCCUGUGCCCUCAGAUUCAGCCGAUGCUCAUGCCGAGAUACGCAGCUACGAGAAUGAACUGAAGCAGGACGACAACAGCUACAAGUAUCAGUUCGAGACAAGCAAUGGCAUUGCACAGCAGGAGCAGGGUGUGGGUGGAUAUUAUGCCAGCGGCUCUUCGCAGUAUUAUGCACCAGAGGGUCAACUGAUUCAAUUGACAUACACCGCCGAUGAGAAUGGCUUCCAACCGCAGGGUGAACAUCUGCCCACGCCGCAUCCCAUUCCCGAGGCGAUUCUCAAGUCUCUCGAAUGGAAUCGCAAUCAUCCCGAGGAGGAGCAAGAGGAGGCUCAUUACCAUGCCGCUCAUGAGCAUUCUGCUCAUGCUGCUCAUGGUGGUCACCACCAGCAUGGCGACCAGUAUCUGCAGGUGCCCGCUUCAGCGCCAGCGGCUCCCUCUGGUCUGCCAUAUGAGCGCAAGAUUUAA